AUGGAUGGCGUGGAUAUCUCAAGCAGCUCCGAAAUGAGUGGAGAGGAGCUAGGUACGGAUCGAUCACCCACGUCUCUGGAAAGUAAUGCUGCUGCAGAUAGAGGAUCGAAUAAGAGCGUGGACAAUUUUGCAAUGGAAUCAGAUGUGGAUGCUGAGCUGGACUAUGAUGAGGAGGAUGGUGAUGAGGGCGAAUCGGAGCAGAAACAAGCACAAAAUCAGGUCUCUCUUCUUUUGGCAUCAUAA